CUUUCAUGUUUGUAACUCGUGACAAAAAAACAAAAACAACAACAAUAAAGAUGCGUGUAAAAAUCCUUAGGGAUCACACUGAGCGUGACUAAGCAGUAAUCAGAUUAUUCUAGUCUGCUUUGAUCGUUUUGUGUAUCGUUAAUGUCGCACGGAUACAAUGAAAGCAUUGAGUUAAAGUGAUGUAAAAGUCAUAGUUUCUCAGGCGCCGUGCUUUUGGCAGUGUGCACGCCGUAGUUGUACUCUCUGUAAGCAGUUUUUAUGCAGACUUGUGUACCUCGACGGAAAAUGUGUUGCAUUACAAGCACACACUUUUAAAUAUCAAUUAUAUUCGUUCCUUUUUAAAAAAAAAUAAACCUUGGAGUUGCUUUUGCUUGGACUUAAGAAGUUGCUCUGUGUGAAGGGUAGCUCCAGUCCAGUAUGGGAGCUCAGCUCUCUGUGGACCCCAGUGUCCACGUCGUGAUCGUGGGCGGCGGGUUUGGGGGGAUUGCGGCGGCCCGACAGCUCAAGAGCAAGGGGGUCCCCUUCACCCUGCUGGACCUCAAGGAUGCCUUCCACCACAACGUAGGGGCGCUGCGGGCCUCGGUGCAGACAGGGUUUGCUCGGAAGACUUUUAUACCCUACACAGCCACGUUCGGAAAGAGUUUCAAGCAGGGCAGGGUGGUCAGGAUUGACCUGGAGACACAAGCAGUAGUUCUGGAGGGAGGAGAGCAAUUGAAGUUCUCUCACCUUAUCCUGUCCACCGGCAGCGAGGGAGACUUUCCAGGCAAAUUUAAGGAGCCGGUUACCAUGGAAACAGCCAUCCAGCAGUAUGAAGACAUGGUGAAGGAGGUUCAGGCUGCAGAGAGGAUCGUGGUGGUCGGAGGGGGAUCUGCAGGAGUGGAGAUGGCUGCUGAGCUCAAAACAGACUAUCCCAGUAAAGAGGUGACUCUGAUCCACUCCCGUGUGGCCCUGGCUGAUGUGGAGUUGCUCCCGAGUGUGCGGCAGGGAGUGAAGGAGGGGCUGCUGCAGAAGGGGGUCCAGCUGCUGCUGAGUGAGAAGGUGAGUAACCUGGCUGACCUCUCCGUCAACGUGACUCAGAAGGGCAUGAAGGUGUUAACGGACAAGGGGUCGGAAGUGGUGGCUGACCUCGUCAUCCGCUGCACAGGGAUCCACGUGAACUCUGCAGCGUACAGCUCCGCGCUGGGGGACAGGCUGGCGGAGAACGGCGCACUGAGGGUCAACGCUCACCUGCAGGUGGAGGGGCUCCAGAACGUCUACGCCAUCGGAGACUGCGCCCACCUGCAGGAGCCCAAGAUGGCAUACCACGCGGGACUGCACGGGGCUGUGGCAGCUGAAAACAUCAUCAGCACCCUGAGAAACAAGCCACUGCGCUCCUACACACCAGGCUGUCUGACCAUGCUGGUGACUCUGGGCCGGAACGACGGCAUCGGCCAGAUCAACGGCUACAAGGUGGGCAGCCUGGUGGUCAGGAUGGCAAAAAGCAAGGACCUGUUUGCUGGGAAGAGCUGGAAAGACAUGGGACAGUCUAUUCCACAGUGAACUGGGACCAGUACCACAACUGGGAAUGGAGCAGCCUGCACCCCAUGGAGUACACUAUAUAAACUAAAUAAAAAGUUUGAUAUUCAUGAAUUUUCCUUGACGUUGUCCAUACCGAACAGUUUACCACCAUCAUAAUUUAUAUAUAUAUAUAUAAGACCUGGUCUUUUGCUGAGCUAUCUCCACUGUAUUUUUGAUAGUGUGGCUUAUUCUUGUCAUUGUGGUUUUAAAAUGAAAAUAUGUGUUUACUAUAGCGUGUGUUUCUUUCAAAACUGCACACUUGAGAAUGGAAUAAGGAAUGGCAGUGCACAAGCUGCAAGUCCUAACAUGCUUAGUCUGUUAGCUGUAACCAUCUUCAAGUGCUGUAAACGGGGCCCACUGUGACAAACAGGAAUAUGAUAAUAUAAUUCUCAAUCUUUGGCUGUCUUCUCAUUCUAAGGCUGCACAUGAAAAUGAAAAAAACCUCCUUCUCAAUUACUUUAAAGCAGGGAAGCAAAUAAGACUUCCAUUGUAUUUUAGUUUGCAUAUUCAUUUAUUCCAGCCUCUUGCUUAAACAGAAAAGCCAUUGGAAAACAUUUUAACGAAACCCAGCAGGACUUUACAGGUUACCCUUCAGCACUGUCGCUCCCUUUGCUGCACUGGGCCCAGUUAGACUCCACUGUACCAGAGUUUUAAUUUAUCAAAUACAAUAAAGUCCAGUAAUGCUUCACUAUA